AUGUCCUACCGUAAGAAGCAAAAGCAAUUCUUCCAGAAGCUGCGCAGUGUCGGCACGACGGGUGAGGAUGACGAUCUAAUCGAGACUGGAUUUAAUCAGAGCCAGAAGGGCGCUAUGGACAUGAUGCGUCGCGAGGCGCAGUCGCGUGAGCAGGAGAUUCAGCAAAUCGCAAAGAGCGCGCAGGAACUGGCUCAGAUCUUCAAGGAUCUGAAUCAGUUGGUGAUCGAGCAGGGAACGAUCGUGGAUCGAAUUGAUUAUAAUAUGGACCAGGCCGUGACGAAGGUGCGCGAGGGACUGCAGCAAGUGGUGAAGGCGGAGGAGUAUAAGAAAUCGAGCCGACCCUAUGGCAUUAUGGCUGUUAUGAUUCUGAUUAUUAUUAUCUGCGGAUAUCUCAAUUAUCUAAAGACAAAGGAUUAA